AGACGAGUGCAGAUGCAGGCGGGACGCCAGAUCGAGCUCGUCGACGGACGGCGGCCGAGCGAGCGCUCCCUCUCCCGGCCUGCGCCUGCCUUAUCUGCGCGGUGCCUUGUGGGUGUGUGUGAGCGUCGAAGUAAAAUGGCGGACUUGGCGAACGAAGACAAGCCUGCCAUAGCGCCUCCAGUUUUUGUUUUCCAAAAAGACAAAACUCAGAAGCGAUCUGCAGAGGGCUCAAGUGCAGAGGAUGGAGAGGAUUCAGACAAAGAUGAGACAAACUAUUUUCCUCCAGUGAAAAGGGAGAGGACUUCAUCAUUCCCGCCGCUCCAUUCUGUUCCCAAGAACAAUGUCUUCAUGCCCCCCAGUUUCUGCCAGUCUCCCACCGGGAACUCUGACUCUGAGCCAGAGGAGAAGCCAGUCGGGUUCCGACUAAAGCCGCCGACUCUCAUUCACGGGCAAGCCCCCAGUUCAGGUGUGCCAAGUCAGAAACCGAAGGAGCAACAACGCAGCGUUCUGCGGCCUGCGGUUCUCCAGGCGCCACCCUCCAAAUCCCACGCAGAAUCCAACUCCACUUGUGGAACCAACGGUGUGAAGAAGUCGUCAGAUUGCCCUUCAGUCCCACAGUCCCUGUUCCUGAACAACACAGAGCACUCAGCCACCCCGAACACGUCACUGCAAUUUCAGAAACACGAAGAAGACGAUCCGAGUGACAUCAAAGAUGAAGGAGGAAGCGAGAAGGAGGAAGGAGACGUAGCAAAUUCGUUUGUGUUUGGUCAGAAUAUCAAAGACAGAGCAAAGUUGGACCAGAACAGUAAAGAGGAAAAGUCACCACCAAAGGACCACCUUCCAGGAGACACUCAAGCAGAGGGAACCAAUUAUUUCUUACAGUACAUCUCUACCCCAAGUUCACAUAAUGCCACAAACAGUACAGACAGUGGGGCGAAAUUUGUGUUUGGGCAGAACAUGUCUGAGCGCGUUUUGAGUCCUCCCAAGGGCGAGAGCAUCAAUGAAGAUAGUAAAGAGGUUCCAGAGACUUCAGAGCCCCAGUCACAGGAGGCCACCCCUGAGAAGGCCGUGAACAGCGUGUCGGAGUCUUUGGAGGAGUCUGCCGCAGCCUACACCAAAGCCACAGCCAAGAAGUGCAUCUUAGAGAAAGUGGACGUGAAAACCGGGGAAGAAUCAGAAAGUAAUGUUUUACAGAUGCAGUGCAAGUUGUAUGUCUUUGAGAAGACGGCACAGUCUUGGAUAGAAAGAGGGCGGGGCCUACUGAGGCUCAACGACAUGGCGUCAACAGAUGACGGCACGCUACAGUCUCGUCUAGUGAUGAGGACCCAGGGCAGCCUGCGGUUGAUUCUCAACACUAAACUUUGGCCCCAGAUGCAGGUGGACAAGGCAAGCGACAAGAGCGUACGGGUCACUGCCACCGACACAGAGGACCAGGGGGUCAAGGUCUUCCUAAUAUCGGGUAGCUCUAAGGACGUAGGUCAGCUGGCAGCGGCGUUGCAUCACCGGAUCUUGGCCCUGAAGAGCCGGGUGGAACAAGAGCCCGAAGCCCCCGCGCCGACCAUCCCCGAGGCCGAGGUGCCGCACUCCAACGAGGAGGACAGCGACGAGGAAGGCGCAGCCUCCGCUUCGGCCUCCGCUCCCGCGACAACAAACUCAGAGGGGGGGGAGAACCAGGCCACAGGAAGCACAUAGCGCCACACCCGCAGGACGGCCCGCAGAGAUGCUGCUUUGGAGGCUUUCUUUUCUGCUGGCAUCUUAACGGACACCCCUUUUGACCAACGUGGUCCCUCCAGACCAGUAACUUUUGGAUAUUAGAAGUCUAGCUCCAGGAAAUAACCCCCCACGCCUUUUACACCCCUACCAACCCCCCCCCCCCAGUGCCGGAGUGUCUCCCACCCCACCAACCAAUCUGCGUCAUCAAUGGAGUCCCUUCCUCUCCUGUUGUGUUCUAAUUUUCUUCCCCCAUACAAAUCCACCACCACCCCACCCCACCCACUGCCCCCGCCCCUCCCACACUAGCAAAAAAAAGACUUCAAAGCUUUGGUUUGGGACUUUUCUGCUCAUCAUAUUGAUGAGCGUAAAGGGUGUUUUUCCUCUACAUUUUAAAGUAUGGCACAUGUUAAGACUGCAGUUUCUACUUUGGGACCUUUCUACUUCACUGUACAGCCGCCCCUCUCUCCGGACGCCACCGCCAUCCAGAGGGCAUCCCGCCUCGCCCCGCAAUCCCCACAGCGUGUCAGACCAGGCCGACCUCGUCAACUCUGCUGCAUCGAGCCCCAUCCCCCGACCCCCACCACCCAUCCCCGUCUACCAACUCCCCUCCCAGUCCGGCUCUCAUCCCCGCCCCCGAGCUCGAUCAGUGUGUUUGGUUUUGGCAACUGUAAAAUUUUUUUUUUUUGAGGGGGGUGGGGGGGGGUCCUCAUGAGGCAUCUCUACAUUUGUGCUAUUUGUAACGGCUAGCGGGAGACCACUCAACUUGUCAUUAAUAGCAGUUUCCUUUGAUAUCCUAUCAAUCUAUAUUCUAGUGAAUAAAGGACUGAAACCAUGCAGCUUUCUGUUCAUGUAAAGACUUUGAAGGGCAGCAGAAUUCUCCAAUUUUCUUUUUUUUUUGGUUUUUUUUUUUUACAUAUUUUGCUUGGAGACAUUCAACUGCCAAUCAGUCAUUCUGCAUGUAAUCGUUUGUAUUUCUUUUAAAACAUCCCAGGACUUUUGUGUUGAUACAUUUUUAUUUACAUUUGGAAAACAUGUUGGAAUGAAAUUGUGUGCGUGUGGCAUCAUGGGGGUGUGCUAACCUGUACUACCCUUUUGUUUUGAAACAUGUACAUUUUUGAAUAUCAUUUAGUGGCACAGCAUUUUUUUUUCCCCUUCCCACCCCCAUCUCCAGUCCCCUAUCACCUUCCUCACCGUCCCUUAAAAAAAUAAACCUCUGUCAUAAAUGUUGCGUUCUGAAAGGUGAUUUAGUGAGAAGAAAGCGCCAUGUACUUCCUGGUUGCUAUGACCGCUACAUUUUCAAAUUUGAAUGUCUCUUGAUGAAAACCUCCCAGCUGUCAACAGUUGUCUCUCGUAUAAAAUAUUUAUCCUGUUGCUUUUUUUUUUUCUUAACAUACUGUACUUUUUUUUCCCCCAGAGCUUUACAAAGUGAGGAAAGUGAGGCUUGUCUUUGUGACCUUUUGAUAAUCCAAAUAAUCAUCACCCCCAACAUCA